GUGCGGUAUGCGCAUUCCUCUCGGCUUCCUGAAAUGACUUUCUUGUCGGAGAGGGUCCAACAUCACUGUACCACCGGUUAUGAUGUUUUCCGGACUGUCUUGAAAUAAAGCGUCUUCCUGACCUCCACAUUGCUGCCAGAAUGUCCUCCAUAGAUCCCUAUCAGUACAUCAUAGUUGAGCAUCAGUAUUCUCAUAGAUUGAAAGUAAAUGUGGUGAGAGCUGAAAAUGUGACGAAAGGAGCAUUUGGGGAUUUAUUGGACACCCCAGACCCUUAUGUGGAACUGUCCAUUCCAACCACACCAGAGUCAAGAAAACGAACACGCCACAUAAAUAACGACAUUAACCCAAAGUGGAAUGAAACAUUUGAAUUCAUAUUGGAUCCCAAUCAACCCAAUGUUUUGGAGAUGACACUGAUGGACGCUAAUUAUGUCAUGGACGAAACUCUGGGCACAGCUAAAUAUUCCCUCUCAAAGCUCAAAGUGGGGCAGACAGAGCAUGUGAGCCUAUCUAUUGGCAAGAUGACAAAAGUGUUCCUCGACUUGUUCUUAGAAGUGUGUGCGUCCACAGACUUGCGCUUCAGCAUGGCACUGUGUGAUCAGGAGAAACUCUUCAUGCAGAUGCGCAGGGACAGAGUUAUGCUCAGCAUCAAGAAGCUUCUCAAAAUGGAAAACCCACACUUCCUUCCAGCCUCACCUAGAGAGGUUCCCACCAUCGCCAUUUUGGGUUCUGGAGGUGGUUUCCGUGCAAUGGUUGGUUUCUCUGGUGUGAUGAAGGCUUUGUAUGAAUCUGGGGUGCUUGACUGUGCAACAUACGUGGCAGGACUUUCUGGAUCAACAUGGUAUAUGUCCAUGCUGUACUCGCACCCUGAGUUUCCCGCUAAAGGCCCAGGGGAUAUUAAUAUGGAGCUGAUGAACAGAGUCAGCAAUAGCCCGCUCAAACUGCUCCUGCCCCAAAACAUCAACCGCUACGUUAAAGCGCUGUGGAAGAAGAAAUCGGCCGGACAGCCUGUCACCUUCACUGACAUCUUUGGGAUGUUGAUCGGAGAGACUCUUAUUCCAGGGAGAAUGGACACUAAACUGAGCUCCCUGCAGGCGAAAAUUAAUGAAGGUCAGAGCCCCCUUCCUCUCUUCACCUGUCUGCACGUCAAACCUGAUGUCUCUGAACUCAUGUUCGCAGACUGGGUGGAGUUCAGCCCGCAUGAGAUUGGCAUGGCCAAAUACGGCACCUUCAUGUCUCCGGGGCUGUUUGGGAGCAAGUUCUUUAUGGGCAACGUUGUGAAACAAUACGAGGAAAACCCCUUACAUUUCCUCAUGGGUGUAUGGGGCAGUGCUUUCUCCAUCCUCUUUAACCGGGUUCUGGGGGUGAAGGAGACAACCAGCAGUAGCACAAUGGAGGAGGAGCUGGAGCAAAUUAAACCCGAGCAUAUUGUGGGUGAUGAUUCAGCAGAUAAUGAGGAGGAAACUCAAAGGGGAGGCACAGAGAGCGCAGAGGCAGAAGAUGAGCGGCAGCGCCAUGCCCAGGCUAGCUGGGUUCAGCGCAUGUUGACCUCCAUAAUGGGGGACACCACCCUGUUCACCACACGUGAGGGCCGUGCCGGCAAGGUGCACAAUUUCAUGCUGGGACUCAACCUAAACUCCUCCCUGCCCUUCUCUCCCUUCAGCGGCCUCAUGAACCAGACCUCAGUGGAUGAGGAGGUUGAUGCUGUUACAGAUCCCGACGAGUUUGAGCGAAUCUAUGAGCCCCUAGAUGUGAAGAGUAAGAAAAUCCACGUGGUGGACAGCGGUCUUACCUUUAACCUGCCCUAUCCUCUCAUUCUGAGGCCACAGAGAGGAGUUGACCUCAUCAUUUCCUUCGACUUCUCAGCCAGGCCCAGUGACUCCAGCCCGCCAUUCAAAGAGAUACUGUUGGCUGAAAAAUGGGCCCGUAUGAAUAAGCUGCCAUUCCCUAAGAUCGAUUCGAAAGUAUUUGACCGAGAGGGUCUGAAAGAGUGCUAUGUGUUCAAACCCAACAAGGGAGACAAGAGCUGCCCCACCGUCAUUCAUUUCGUCUUGGCCAACAUCGACUUUCGGAACUUUAAAGCCCCAGGAGUUCCCAGGGACACAGACAAGGAGAUAGAGUUUGGCGACUUUGACAUAUUUGACGAUCCAGCCUCUCCCUUCUCUACUUUCAACUUCCAAUAUUCCAACCAGGCUUUCAAGAGGCUUCAUGACCUCAUGGAGUUCAACACGCUCAACAACAUUGAGGUUAUAAAAGAAGCAAUUAAAGACAGCAUUCUGCAGAGACGAGAGAACCCCUCACGCUGCUCAGUUUCCCUAUCACUCAGUGAGAUUGAAAACAAGAAGUUCCUGAAACGAGAUACCAGCAAUGCAAAACGACACACCUAACAUAUAGCUACAAAAAGCUACGCAAAAGCCUUGACGUCUGAGAAUUCAUUGGUCCACUGGUGCUGGUUCUCAUUCAGCCAUUUCAUGAGAAUCACUGAGCAGAUUCAUCAGUCAAGACUGGAUUGACCUUAUUACAGGGUCAUUUUUAUGCUGCAUUCCAGACAACUUUGAAUUCUCCCACCUCCUACUUAAAGGGGUCCUAUUAUGCUCUUUUACAAAGUCAUGAUUUUGUUUUGGGCGUGUAC